AUGGACAGCGUGAGAAAUAGCGUACUGACGAGUAGGCUUGGAGAGGCUCCUAUCGAAAUCCAAAGCCCUCGCUACAUUAAAGCUGACCGGGCCCCAUCAAGAAACACGACUGGAAGAAAAAUCGCAGACAAGUGGCUCAAGGACGAGCAGGUGUUGUUGCGCUCAGACAGUGCACGCGCUUGCCGCAUCAAGACCAGGGGUGUCCUGCGCAACUCGGUAGCGCGCAAGAAGAAGCGAGUCAAGGUGGGCGGACGAUCGGUGUGGAAACGGCCGACGUACGUGAAGAUCAAGACGGUCGUCCCGCCCAGCCAGAAGCGCGUCACUAGCAAGGUAGGAACCCAAGUCCUAGAUCGUGCUUGUAAGUUCAUCAAAAGCCGCUUGCAGCUGAAUCAGCGCAGCAAGGUCGGAUCGGUGGAAAUUGAUGUCCGAGGUGCGGUCGGCCCAGUACGAGUACUGGCACCGGGGCCAGGACAUGUGGCAGGGUACUGGAAAGCUUUUGACCUGGCACAUGUCCAAGAUCCUGACGAAAUGAUCGGGUAA